AUGGUCAUUUCGAUGUUAUCGUUAGAAGACAGUUUGGAGCGUUUCUGGAAAACUGAAGAGCUGACAACGAAAGACAACUACUCUAGCGAGGAAAGACACUGUGAAUCCUGUUACCAGUCAACUGUUUCUCGAAAUUCCGAAGGACGCUAUAUCGUUCGAUAUCCCAGAAAGCCAGACUUCAACGUGAUGCUGGGUGAGUCGAAGAGCUCCGCGCUACGACGGUUCGAAUUACUUGAAAGACGUUUGAAACGAAAUUCAAAUCUCAAAGAUGAAUACCACCAGUUUAUGCGAGAAUAUCUCUCCCUCGGCCAUAUGCGAUUGGUUGAAGCGGACGACGAAAACAAUUCCCAAACUUACUACCUGCCGCACCACCCCGUUUUCAAGGAAGCAAGUACCACAACCAAAAUUCGAGUCGUGUUUGACGGAUCAGCGAAAACUUCUUCCGGCUUCUCUUUGAACGAAGCUCUCUGUGUCGGUCCCGUGGUGCAGGACGAUCUAUUGACCAUCAUUUUGCGCUUCCGAACCUAUCCGAUUGCGCUCGUCGGUGAUAUCGCUAAAAUGUACCGGCAAGUACUUAUUCACCCAGACGAUUCUGCUCUUCAACGUAUCCUUUGGCGUUUUUCUGAUCAAACACCAGUCCAGACAUAUGAACUACUCACUGUUACGUAUGGUCUCGGUCCGUCUUCAUACCUAGCAACUCGUACACUUCAGCAACUGACCGAAGACGAAGGGAUUUCUUACGCGUUGGCAGGAGCUGCUAUUAAAAAAUGUUUUUACGUAGACGACUUCAUAGGUGGAGCUCAAACCAUCGAAGAAACAAUCCGUCUACGCACCGAACUGAGCGACUUGUUGCACAAAGGAGGAUUUACACUACGAAAAUGGACUUCUAAUCAGCUCGAAGUUUUGCAAGGUCUUCCCAAUGAUGAGAUUGGUACUCAAUCUGCUUUACAUUUCAGCCCUAACGAGACAAUUAAAGCCCUUGGUAUUAGCUGGGAGCCUGAAGCCGAUCACCUUCGUUUCGACUCUCAAAUUCGAUGUAGUAAUGAACCGCCAACCAAGCGCACUAUUCUUUCGGAUAUAGCAAAACUAUUUGACCCUUUAGGACUAAUUGCCCCCGUUGUAGUUCGAGCAAAGAUACUGAUGCAAGAGUUGUGGCUGCUAUCGUGCGGAUGGGACGAUCCUGUUCCAGAACCUAUUAAAACCAAAUGGGAGAAGUAUUACCACGAAUUGGCGAAUAUCUCCGAGCAUCGAGUAGACAGAUACGCGUUUCUACCUGACUCUGUUGUACAACUGCACACAUUCGCAGAUGCAUCCAUAUCUGCAUACGGUGCCUGCACAUACGUCCGCUGUGAAAGUAAAGGGAAAGUAAAAAUACGACUACUGGCUUCGAAGACACGCGUCGCUCCGCUGAAACGAAUAAGCAUUCCUCGUUUGGAGUUGUGUGCGGCAGUACUAGCAGCCCAUCUACAUGCUCACAUAAAGAAAGCUAUCGAUGUAAACGUUUCAGAAUCAUAUUUUUGGUCUGACUCAUCUGUCACUCUGCACUGGCUACGAUCACCACCGAAUGUUUGGCCUACCUAUGUGGCUAACAGAGUAUCUGAAAUUCAGCAGUUUACACAUGGUUGUCAAUGGAAGCAUGUUCCCGGAUGUGAAAAUCCUGCUGACCUGGCUUCACGUGGCAUGUCGGUUGACGAGUUUUUGAAAAACGAUAUUUGGAUCAGCGGUCCCAGUUGGUUAUCACGUCCACUCCAAGAUUGGCCAGAAUCAAUCCCACCAAGUGUUUCACACGAGGAAUUGGAAAUCAAAACUACCGUCGCAGUUACUCAAAUAACGCCAACAGUACAUCCCUGGUUUCUCCGUUGGUCGUCAUACGGCCGUCUUCUUCAUGUCAUUGGGUACUGCAUGAGAUUCGUUAACAAUACCCGAGCUAAAAUACGCACGCAGCCGCCCACCUCGCCCGAAGUUAUUGUAGGCCGUACACUUACCGUAAAUGAGCUUGCCAAGUCCAAAACGUUCCUCAUUCGGUUGGCGCAGAAUGAUGAAUUUGUCGCAGAAAUCAACCAGUUGGAUAAAAAUAAAUCGGUAUCGAAAUGUUCCCAUAUUCGCCAAAUGACGCCGUUCUUAGAUGCAGAGAGAGUGUUGAGAGUAGGAGGUCGUUUAAACUUCGCACAGCUACCCUAUCAAGCAAAGCACCCGGCUUUGAUUCCAACAAACCAUCCGUUCACACGACUGAUAGUUGAGGAUUUCCAUCGCAAAUUACUACACGGCGGCGGACGUCUGCUAUUAACAGCAAUCCGAGAAGAAUUCUGGCCACUCAACGGUCGAAGACUAGUCCGCAACGUAGUCAGAAAUUGUUUCCGUUGUACUCGCCUCAAUCCGGUACCUGCGCAGCAACAAAUAGGCCAACUGCCUGUAUCGAGAGUCAUUCCCAGUCGUCCCUUCAGUGUUACAGGUGUUGAUUAUGCCGGUCCACUCUAUCUUCGUCCUAUUCACAAACGUGCCGCUCCCGCCAAGGCCUACCUGUGCGUAUUCGUGUGUUUUUCGACCAAAGCAGUUCACUUAGAGCUAGUGAGCGAUUUGUCUACUCAGGCCUUUUUAUGUUCAUUGCGAAGAUUUAUCGCGCGACGCGGUCGACCCGCACACAUUCAUUCCGAUAAUGGGAAAAAUUUUGAAGGGGCUAAAAACGAUCUUACCGAACUGUUUACGAUGCUUAAAGAAGGUUUUCAGCAGGACGAAAUCGCAGCCUUUUGCACAGAAAAGGGCAUAACCUGGCAUUUAACACCGCCGAAAGCACCGCACUUUGGUGGCCUUUGGGAAGCAGCCGUUAAAGUUGCCAAAAAACAUUUGUUCCGUCAACUAGGUUCGAGUCGUUUAUCUUUUGAGGAAAUGUGCACCAUUCUUACUCAAAUCGAAGCAAUAAUGAAUUCUCGACCGUUGCUUCCAAUGACAGAAGACCCCAAUGACUUAGCUGCCCUAACACCUGCGCACUUCCUGAUUGGAUCAUCGAUGUAUGCCCUGCCCGACCCAGACCUUCAGAACGCUCCUGUCAAUAGACUCGACCACUACCAGAAACUGCAACUGCAUGUGCAGAAAUUUUGGACCCACUGGCGGAAGGAAUAUCUCCAAUAA